AUGAAAUUAGGAGCAGCUGGAUUUACAGAAUGGCUACUUUUUCAUUUAUGAAAGCAAAACGAAAGCACAGGUUUGUGCUGUCCUAAUGUAUUGCUUCCAGAAACCGUUAUUUAUCGAUAUGCUAAGCCUUUCUUUUGAUAUUUUUCCACAGAGUCAGGAGAAUUACUAACUCCCCAUCUUUGUGUGAACAAACAGAUUUUGUUCACUCACGAAGGAGUUAAUUUUUCUAUAAUAUAAACUAGAGUAAAGUUUUUUUUCGAAAUUAAAAAAAAAUCAAAAUUCGCAAAAAUUAGAAAGCAAAUGCUAAUUUAAUUUCUUAAAUUUAUGUUUUAAAAUGCAAGCUGUAAAAAAUUAAAUAGAAUUAGCAAGAGAUUUCAUUAUACUAGUUAUCACUUUAUAUAUCAAAAUAUUUUUCUCAUGAAAAAUAGGGAUUUUUCUAAUGGCUUUGUUCGCUAACGGAGGCAAAAAAGUAAGGAAAUCUAAAACAAGAGUGAAUCAUAAAUUUAUUUUCCAAGAAUUUAUGGAUGAGAAAAGCAAAAUUAUCGCUACCUUUCUUGGAUUCAGUGAUAAUAAAAAAGACAAAGCUAAUAUAGCAACUGUAGACUUUUUCAAUCCGGAGUCUUUUGAUGAAUUCAUUCACAACUGUGAUAAGCCACUGAGCGGGAUAUUGCAAAAGUGAGUCGAUCCCAAAAAUGGGCAAAACUCGUUAAUAAAGGUAAUUUGGAGCUCUCAAUUUUGCUUACUCGAAAAAAGGACAAAUCUGCACAGCAUUGAUGACCCAAAAAUUGAUUUUUAUGAUAAAUUAGUUACUUAUGAAGGCCUAGAGCACAAUAGCAAAAUUGAUUCUCUAUCUUCUCCUUGGCUUGUCGAAGAAAUCCAAAAAACCUGCCUUGGGAUUGUUGAUCACAUAAAAGCAGUAACAGGAGGAAAUGUGACAGUCACAAGAAUGACUUUGUUUUUUAAGCAAGACUGUGAUGAUUUAAUAUGAUUCCAAUUUUGCAGCUCUUUAAAAGUGCUGGAUCUAACUAACUCCCCCUUUGUGAGCAAACAAACCAUUGGAAAAAUCCCUAUUUUUAGUUAAAAGCCCACCCUCCAUCAGCGAACAAAAAAUUAUUUAUGAAAAAUAUUUGAAAUAUAAGUGAUAAUUAUUAUAAUAAUAGAAUCUCUAGCUAAUUUUUUAAUUUUAAACAUAAAUUUUAUAUUUAAAUUAAUAUUUGCUUUAAAAUUAUUUCGAAUUGGAAUUUUUAAUUUCGAAAGAACAAAUUCCAAGUAAAAUUUAUAUUUAUUCUAUAUGAUCGAACGAAUUUUUUUUCACAUAUUGAGGUGGGGAUAAGCAAAAAAAGGACAAUUGUAAAGUUUCUCAUGAACUUAUAUUAACAAUCUCAAAUAUAGCAAAUGAGAAGAAAAUAAAGAGCACAUGCAAAUUUAGCGAACUUAGAAAAAAUAGGGAGUUGUGUAUAGGAUGCGACCAUUUAGUCAGACGUGAAUAUAUGUACAAAAUCUUGCUAAAAUUAGUGCUUAAGUAUUCUGAUGCUGGAAAAGACCCACAAAGCAAAAAUAUUGCAGAGCACAGUUUAGUGAAUAACGAUGGCUCUGAAGAUGCAUGCGAUCUAGUGCCAAUUGUCCUGAGAAGGCUGAAUCCUGCAUUAACAAAUGCAAAAUAUGAGGAAUUAAAAAAAGACCCUUUAUGACUCUUUCAAGAAGUAAAAGUCUGCGAAGAUUGUUAUUUACAGUACACAAAUUUCUAUGCAGAACCGAAAAAGCUGUCUCCUCUCAAGCCAAAACCUCAUAAAACUGAAUCAAAAUUCCACUUGAAUACAGAGAAGGUGCAAGUCUUAAACAAAAAUAGUAAUUUAAGGUUAAGACGUGACUUUAGUUUGGAUACUAUAACUGAGAUUAAUAAAACUAUAGCUCAUAUUUCAUUCCCAACGUUAAAGCCAAAGACAAAUCAAUUGAAUGCAAGUUCUAUCAUUGCGAAUAAGGCUGAAACCCGGCCUAUAGCUAAAACUUUUGAAAUAAAAUUACCAUUAUUUUCAACCGAAUCAUAUAAAAGGGCAAUUGCAGUUUAUGGAAGAAAACCGCUUACUAAUUUCAGUACUGAAACAAGCCUAAAUUACUCUAGGAAUAAAAGUUUUGAUCAUAUUAAUUAUAUUUCCAAAGAAAAAGAAGGAGAGUUCAUUAAAGACACCAUUUCAACGCUAAAAGUUGGAUUAAGUAAAUUAAAAGAGAUGUAA